UGCAAUUUCUUACUUUCACCCAUACCACUGGAUAUAUCUAUAUCUAUACAAUUUAUAUAGAGAUGGGUUUUGUGAAGAAGUGUAUGACAGUUUGGGGAAGCAACAAUAGAUUGUAUCCAGAAGAAACUUGCAGUGGAAGCUAUGGAAAAUUAUCAUCAGACAGGAGCAACAAACAAAAAGAUAAUAAUAAGAAUACUAAGAAACCACCAAAUGGUUGUGUUUGUGUCUAUGUUGGACCUGAGAGACAGAGAUUCGUAAUCAAGAUCAAAAUAUGCAAUCACCCUUUGUUCAAAACGCUUUUGGAAGGUGUUGAGAAUGAAUAUGGAUAUAGAAAUGAUGGUCCUCUAUGGCUUCCUUGCGAUGUUGGUUUUUUUUGUGAAGCACUUGCAGAAAUUGAGAGUGUUGAGGAGGAUAUCGGUUUUGUAGGAGAUAGCUUUCGAAUGAAUCGCAAGCCAAUCACAGUUUCCAAUUCGUCACUACUGUCUUGCCGUUCUAGCAUGAUUUGUGUUUCCAGUUGAUAGUUUUUGUAUAAUUAAGUUGUAAAAUUAACACUUGUAUAUGAAAAGUUGAAAACAUAUCUAGAUCUAUGAUUUUUUGAAAAUGCAGCCAUUUUCAUUGUAGUUUAUAAUUAUAUAUUACAAUAUCAAAACCAUUUGUUUUAUUGUAU